CAUUAACCGUUGCCAUCCACUACGAGAAGUUAUUUUUAAGUGUUUAAAACCUUUCGGAAAAUGGGAGAAAAAAUUGCUUAAGAAAAGGAUGAAGACGACGAAGACGAAAGCGAACACAAUCUUGGAGAAGAAACUCGAAGAACUUGAGUGUUUGCUACAAGAAUUUGGUUCUGGCAAUGGUGAUCUUAAUGCAUACCGGGAAUUCGAACUGCGGUUUCUUUUCACGCAUACCCUUUUAUCUGCGGAGGUAUCGUCGGUUAAGGACGAUGAAGACGAAGAGAUGCUCAAACUUCGUUGCAUGGCUAAGAGGUUAACCGAAGUCGAAGAGGCUUUCAAGAAAUUGACCGGUUCAAUCAACCAACCGGACAUGCAGAGUUUGGAAAGUGGUGGUGGUGUUGUCAAUGUUGAUGAAACCGGUUUGGUUCGCUCAUUGGUUGAAUCGUUACACGAAGAAUAUCAAGAUGCGUCGUUAGAGGAGAAGAUGGCGAGAAGAAAAACCGAGAAGAUGAAGAAGAAGCGACUCGAUCUCAUCGAUCCGUACACGUGUUCACCUCUCAUCGUCCGUGAAACCUCCAUUGUUGAACCUUCUUCAUUGUUCUUAGGGUUUCCUUCCUUCAUCGACGAAGAUGUUGAAGAUCUCUUCGAUUUUUCAUCACCUAGUCCUCUCGAUCUAUACGAAACCGUGACGGAUCUGGUUCAGAUUGAGAAAUCUCCGUCGUCUUGUAAGUACAAGGUGAUUCGUCGGAGAUUGGAGCCUGAGUAUCCUCUGAAGUAUCUUUGUGACCGUGUUUCUGACUUGGAAUCGAAGUUUGAUAGAUUGGUUAGUCCUAAGAGUGAUAGGAAGUAUACAUUGACGAAGGAGAUUAAGGGAAGUGGUGAGAGGAAGUAUAAAUGGGAAGCGGAGAUUCAAGGACCGCCGGAGAGGAAGUAUAAGUUGGAAGCUGAGAUUGAAGGUUCGGGAGAGAGGAAGUAUAAAUGGACGACGGAGAUUAAAGGAGGGAAGAAGGAUGAGGAAGGGUUAAAGUUAGCUGCUUUGAAGAAGGAGAAGGCGAAAGCGAAAGCUAUUGCUGCUGCUGAAGCGGAGAAGAAGAAUAAGAAUAAGAAGAAGAAGAGUUAUAAUUGGACGACGGAGGUGAAGAGUGAGAGAGAGAAUGGAGAGGUUUCACAUACUUAUAUCAUCAAGGCUUCUACUGGAGGCGAGAAAAAGAAGAAACAUGAGGAGAAGGAGAAGAAGGAGAAGAAAGAGAAGGUAGAGACGAAGAGCAAGAAGAAGGAGAAAACUCGUGUUGUGGUGAUCGAGGAGGAGGAAGAAGAAGAUGAUGAGUCGGCAGAACAUGGAGCUAUCGUUCUCAGGAAGGCGUUUUCCAGAAGAACUGGAGCAGUUAGGACUAAGAAGGGGAAGAACAAGGAAAUGCCACCUGAAUAUGCGGCUGUGAUGAUCCAGAGGGCCUUCAAAGCUUAUUUGAUUCGUCGUUCAAAAUCAUUGCGUGCUCUUCGUGAUCUAGCUAUUGCGAAGACUAAACUGAAGGAGCUAAGAGCUUCAUUCCACAACUUCAGCUACCGUCGCCUGAUAGCUCGUGAUGCAGAGGAGCGCCAGAAAUUCUCAGAGAAGAUCAUUGUACUUCUCCUCACAGUUGACGCCAUAGAGGGAGUUGAUGUGAUGGUUCGAGGAGCUAAGAGAUCAAUGGUGGAUGAGCUGGAAGCAAUGUUGGAUGUUGUAGACCCGCAACCACAAGGGAAAUCAUUGUCGAUGAGAAGAAGAACAUUCGAUAUGCCAGACAGUUUGAUCCGCAAAGAAAUCGCAGACGGAGUGACUCAGAUCGUGCAGAUGCUUGAAACAGAAGAAGAAUGAUGGAAUGGAGCACUAUGUGUUUGUGACUCAGGGGCUGUUUUUGUUGUGUUUGUGUCUGGGAAGAAUUAAUCAGCCUCUUUAGUUUGCUUACUGUUCUGAAUGUUUCUAAUUAUGCAGACACAAUUAAUAAUGAGAGUGCCUUGAAGAAGAGGUUGGUGUGUCUUAUCAAUCUCAUCUCUCGUCUCUCAAAUCUUGUCUCUUGUGUCCUAGUGUGUCUGUGUUUUUAUCAGGUUAUGUAAUCCCUUUAUGUUCCCAAACUUGUAGACUCUGUUUUGUCAAAUUGAUUAUGUUUUGGUUCUACUUAUGCCACUGUUGUUACCAGCUACUCCAUCAUGCAUUAGAAAUAAUUAUAAAGUUUACAU